CGUUGGAGCGUUGCCGUGUGCGCCGCGCGUGUUACCGCGGUGUGUCUAGUGAAGUGGCGUGUAGAGGUGCCGAAGUGGCGGGUUUCCUUGCCUCAGGACGGGGGGCCCAUGCCCCCUUCCAUCAGCACCACAUUGGUAAAAGUUAGUGUCCUGUGCCGUUUACAAACUAUCCUAUCUGGGAACUGUGAAUGUGCUUGACUAUGCCCACCUAUGGAGGACGCGGAGAAGCCGGCGGCGCGAUGGCGUGCGCCGGCUGCGAGAAGCCGAUCCUGGACAAGUUCCUGCUGCACGUGCUGGAGCGCGCGUGGCACGCGGCCUGCGUCCGCUGCGCCGACUGCCGCGCGCCGCUCGCCGACAAGUGCUACUCCAGGGACAACAAACUCUUCUGCAGGAAUGAUUUCUUCAGGCGAUACGGCACGAAGUGCAGCGGGUGUGGGCACGGCAUAUCACCAUCGGACCUGGUACGCAAGGCCCGGGAGAAGGUGUUCCACCUCAACUGCUUCACGUGUCUCGUCUGCAGAAAACAGCUGUCCACCGGCGAAGAACUGUACGUGCUCGACGACAACAAGUUUAUAUGCAAAGAGGAUUACCUCGCGGGGAAAGCGCCUACUAAUCACUCGGACUCGCUCCUAGGCUCAGGCUCAGAUGAGGAGGAGGAGGAAGAGGCGCGUGCGGCGAACAAUUCGAGUAGCCCUGCGCACGCGCCGCACCCCGCGUUGCACUCCGAGCUCUCGCACAACGGUGAUACCAAGCCACACGAAGACUCCGAGGACCAGGGUUCGCUGGAUGGGGACCCGGAGACGAGGGACUCGCAGGCGGAGAACAAGUCCCCCGACGACGGCAACGGGGGGUCCAAGCGGCGGGGGCCCCGCACCACCAUCAAGGCCAAGCAACUCGAGAUCCUCAAGUCAGCCUUCUCGCAGACGCCGAAGCCGACGAGGCAUAUACGAGAGCAGCUGGCGAAGGAAACUGGACUGCCUAUGAGGGUUAUACAGGUGUGGUUCCAAAACAAGAGGUCAAAAGAGCGCCGUCUAAAACAACUGACGUCUAUGGGGAGGGGCCCUUUCUUCGGGUCCUCACGCAAGAUGCGAGGGUUCCCUAUGAACCUGUCUCCGGGGGGCCUAGAGGAGGGCCCCCCGGGGUUCCCAUACUUCGCGACUGCAGAUGGCAAGUUCGAGUUUGGAUACGGACCCCCGUUCCAUCAUGAUGCCCCGUUCUUCCAUCCACCACCGGCCAUGCCGUUCAAUCAGCCAGGUCGUUUCGCAGGCGGGAUGGAGGCGUUGCCAGGCGGCGACUUCCCCGAGCAAUUCCCUCCUCCGGACCACCUGGUGCUGCCCAGACCCUCGUCGCCCGAGUUCACGUUCGGCGACGCCCCUCCCCCCCUGCACCCCGAGGGGCUGGUCUGGUAGCUGAAGCCGGAGCCGCGUGACUUCCACGACUGAUGCGGCUCGACGGUCAACAAAGUGGACUUCUGUGACAGUGUGUAUUAAAGCUAUAACUGUGACGUCAUUUGGUAACUUUUUGAAGUGCGAACGCAGUGUUGAUGUGAUUUUAUUCGGUGCAAUGUCGGUGCGUUGUUGCAAUCAUUGCGUCUCAAAUACUUGUUUUGAUUUAUUGCUAGAUGCACAUAUACUCAUGAAAAGCAAAAAACUAGGAAGUUAAAAAGGCCACAUCAAAGCAAUUCAUCUAAAAAAGCAAUAUUGCUAUUUGACAGUUGUUUGCAUUGCUCACUUACUUUUAUAUGCGCCAAUGUCAAAUUGCAAUAUUGCUGUCUUAGAUGGAUUGCUUCGAUGUGGCAUUUUUUAACUCCCCUAGACAACGCUUGUCAUCAUUUUAAUCUUAAUUUCUUUCUAAUUAGUCUAAUUUGAGAACCUAAGUAAUUCUGAGGACGAUCACAAUAAUUUAAUGCGCAAAGGUCUUGAUGAUCUCUUUGACAUCGCGUUUGAUUGCAACAAAAACGUAUCGCCGAUAUUUAUAUCUUAAGUUACACUACAAGUCAUAUUCUGUAGACAAAUUAUUUACAAAUCAGACUAUUAAAAUAUUGAAGCGAAAACUUUGGCGACAAUUAUGUCUUCUUAUCACCGAAGAAACAUUUUUUUCUUACUUGAAGAAUUUGCAAACAGAAUAGGACUCACUAUUCGUUUUAUUUUCAUUGUCUAUUGAUUUAGCAGGAAAAGAUUAUUUUACCCUAUCACUAAUCCUGGUAUUGUCGAUGACUUUUUAAAUGACAGGGGGGUUAAAAUGGCCACAUCGAAGCAAUUCAUCUAAGAAAGCUAUAUUGCAAGCUAUUUGACAUUCGUUUUCAUUGCGCACUUACUUUUAUAUGCGCAAAUUUCAAAUUGUAAUAUUGCUUUCUUAGAUGAAUUGCUUCGAUGUGGCCAUUUUAACCCCCUACAUCAUUAUUCCACACAGUUGGCUCGAUCAUAACAGACGGCGAACGGCUUACCACCUAUCACGUUGGUCUAACAGAAAACUCGGUGACGUGUGGGUACUUAGUUCAUCUUGCGAUGGACGUACCCUAGUCUACCCCAAUUGGGUUAUAGUCGUGAGCUUACGCUAUGUUAUCAUUACUCCAACCAACAUCCCUGUUUUAUGAUUAUUUAGAUCUGAAGUAUGUAUUGUAGAAUAUGAUUAUUUCUUAUUUUCGUUCCAAUAAAAGUAUUUUCUUUUGGUCCAAUACGUUAUAUCUUAUCAAAAAUCUGCGCUACUGUGAAUAAUUAGGCUAAAUGUACAGAAAUGGAGUUUUAUAAUACUUUUAAGUAAUAAUUUAUUAAGUGAAUACAAUAAGUAAUUUAUUUACUGUGGGUUACUACGAACAUGAUAAGAUAAAUAUUUUUGGUUCCUAUUUUAAGAUAGAUACAGCUGGUUAGCAUUUUGUUGUGUGUAUUUAUUAUUAAUUUGUUUUGUGGUUUAAUUAGUACUGUUGUCAACAAUUCUGGUAAUGCCAUAUCUAUUUAUCAAUUAAGGUGGCUUCAAAAAAAGGUACAUUCUUUCUUUCUGAUGUUAUGGUAUUUCUGCAUUUGUUGAUCAUAAUAAUAUACUUCUGUAUGUGUACAAUAUUAAUAAUGAAUACUUAAACAUCACAGAUGUUUGUUUUUUUUUUUUAAUUAAAACAUAAUAUUCUUUUGUAAAUAUCAAUGUGUACAUAAAACUUAUAACUGGCCGAAACUGUACUAUAUUAAUAUUAAUUGAAUAUCUAGAUAAGUACUUAAAUAUAAUGUGAAUAAUUCAUUAUACUUUUAAAAAUAGAGGUUUUGUAUAUACUAUAUUGUAUGAAUUGAAGGCAGGUACUUAAUAUUGAAAAUGAAUAUAUAUUGUUUCUUAUUCCAAUUUAUAAAUGGUUCUGAAAACAAAAUAAUCAAUUAGCUAUGCUCUAACGGCAAGGACGUUCUGAAACUAAUUUUCCAAUGGCAAUUAUUUUCUUUAUUUUCGAAUUUUAAUUUUGAUAAAGGUAACAUUAAUGUUCCUAUUAUGUUUUGAAUCUCGAAAACCGUUACUGAAAUUAACAACUAACAUAGUAGACAUAUGCAGAAGCCGUCUAAUUAAUUAUAAUUGCAUCAGAAGUUAUGACCGCGUGACACGAAUGUCGUUAAACUGUGAUGAUUAUCACAUUCACCAUACUUUUGAAAAAACUUGUCUGCUACUAGACUGAAUAAGUGUUUUUUAAAUCAAAUUAAAUAGAUAACAACUUUUUUAGUUGUUGACAACUGUUACUUUAUCGAGUUAUAGUCAUGGCGUGACGGGUCUUCGUAACUUUUUAAAACUUUUUAUUUCAAAACAUUUUGGUCUCACUUAUUAGCGUGCUCUAUAAAAAUAAAAGUCGCUGGAAAAUUUUCGACAGGGUUUUGUUAGGCAUUGCUAUUUUUUCAAACAUUCAUUCUGUUAAGUCUUACUAAAAUUGCGUGUUUCGAAACAUAAUGGAACCGAAUAAACAGGACCUAACUGGUAUGUACUAUAGUGUAAGUGUUAAUAAUAUGCAGUACAUACUUUCGUCUAUCUGUAUUUAGUACUUAAUAAAAGUAUAAUGGAAUUGUCUGUAAGAAUAAAAUCUAUUCGGAAAUAUU